AUGUUUGAUUGUGGAGACGGGAGCAAUGGUCUGAUGGACGUUGAUGAAGCAAUUGAGAGACCUAGUUCUGAUGAAGAAGACAAGAGAAAUGACAUAGACACACCUAUAGCCAGUCAUGAUGGGCAUGCAGUUACUGCCGCUAGAAUGCAUGUUAUUGCAUGCAUUCAAGGCAAACAUCAUUGUCAGCAUGCACCUCACACUCAACUUCACCACAACCGUCAGAUGCAUGCAGUGUGGGAUUCGCAAAUGCCAUCCCUUGUUGAUGCCUACUUGCGGUGGAAGCACAAUGAUCCCAAUCAAGUGGGCACUGACCAGCCUCAAGUAUCAGGCUUGAUGUUUCAUGUUUCAACUAUUGAUGUUGCAUAUAAGCAGCCCAAUGAACCGUUACUUUACCCUGCUCGUCUGGAUUCUGUUGAUGGUAAAAAUUCUCUCAAACACAUCAAUGACUCUGGACAUGCUGACAAACGAGUUUUCAACUCCUCAUAUCUCAUACUUCCAGUCGAUGUUGAAGUGUUCAAAGAUGAUGUCCAAUUGCACCCAGGCACACAUAUGGCUACUGAUAAUGCAGAGACAAGCAAUUUGGAACCUUCUGACGAGUCAGUGUGCACUGAAAACUGGAAAGCCGUGAAUACCAUCAGUGACAAGACAAUUGAUGUCUUCGAUCAGACUGGUGUCUUCAUCAGUCAAUUUCUGUACCAAAAUUACAAGCAAGCACUUGAUAUCAUUGAUAAUUUGACACCUGUUGUAGAAAAACUCAAAAUUCAACUGAGGAUCAUGGAUACCAACUUCGAGCAUUGGAAUAUUGAGGAGUUAGAGUAUCUUGAGAGUCUUUUGACAGAGCAAGAGUAUGAUCCUCAGAAGAUCGUGUAUGUGGAAGCACUGCAGUCACUCACUAAGGCUGAGGCUGAGUACGGGGGGAUUACAUCAGGUCCAGUUUCUAUUAAUUCUGGUCUUUGGAAACAAGCUCAAGUGGCAACCAAGGUCUGGGAGGCUGAGCGUCAAGUCAUGCACAAUAAGCUUCCUACUUUCAAUGAAUGUCAUACUUGA